AACUUUUUCAGUAGAGUUUUGAUCGCACAGUCGAACUCUACCUGUAUUACGGUUCGGACAGUCGCGACGAUAUGUCUCUGUAUACAUUGACGAAAUAAAAUAAAAUAAAUAUUUUCAAAACCUAAAUUAAAUUUCAAAUUUAUUCCUUAAUCGCAGCAGUUACAUAUAUUAUUUACAAAAUAUUGAUAGUUACAGCAACGCUUAUCAUGAGAAUAAUUUUUAGCAAAAAACUGUUAAUAUGGGCUAUGAUAUUCGCUCUAAUGGUAGUUGGCAUUACUCUUGGAUUGGUUUUCGGACUCGGUCAGAAAAAUGAAACCUACGUUGUUGCCGCAGUUGUUUCCAAUGGAAGAGGUUGUGCAGAUAUAGGCAGCCAAAUGUUAAAUGAUGGUGGAUCUGCAGUAGAUGCCGCUAUCGCAACCCUGCUUUGUGAAGGCAUAAUUUUGCCACAUAGCAUGGGAAUCGGCGGUGGUUUCUUCGCUACAAUAUACACUAAGUCUACUCGUAAAAUUGAAACGUUAGUAGCGAGAGAAAUGGCGCCUCUUCAAGCAAGUAAAGACAUGUUUGUCGGUGAGGAAAACGUCACAGGUGCCCGAUCUGGAGCUGUGCCCGGAGAAAUUCUUGGUUAUUGGGAAAUGCAUCAAAAAUAUGGCCGAUUACCAUGGAGAGUUCUGUUUCAGCCGACCAUUAAGCUUUGUAAAGAAGGGCAUUGGGUUUCGAAAUACCUUGCUGCCGCCAUUAAAUCCAAAGAGGAAAAUAUUCGUAAUGAGCCUUCGAUGGCAGAAAUAUUUCUCAAAGAAGACGGUUCUCUUUAUGUUGAGGGAGAAUAUUUAAAGCGGCCUCAACUAGCUAUCACUUUAGAAAAAAUAGCUGAAAACGGUGCCGGAGAACUGUACGAUGGUGGAGAAGUCGGUAAACAGUUUGUGGAAGAUAUUAAAGAUUCGGGUGGAAUUAUUACUGAAGAAGAUUUGAAAAAUUUCAAAGUUCGAUGGGAGGACAAUAACCACAUCAUUGCGAAUUUAACCGGGGGAUAUACACUUUACACGACACCUCUGCCAUCCAGUGGAGUUGUACUUGCAUUUAUGUUAAAUGUUAUGACUGGCCUAUAUACCGCAAAUGAAGAUAUUUACUGGCAACGAGUAGUAGAAACAUUUAAGCACGCUUACGGGCAACGGACUUACUUGGGUGAUAUGGAAAAUGAACCUGAGCUCAAGCAGUCGAUUGAAAAAACGUUUAACAAUUUAAAUAGCCAGGAAUUCGCUAACCAUAUUCGCGCAUUAAUUUUCGACAAUAAGACCUUUGAUAAUUACGAAUACUACGGUGCAAACUUUUCCAAUACAGAAGACCACGGAACAGCAAAUAUGGCGGUAUUAGCUGCAAAUGGUGAUGCUGUAACCGUUACCAGUACCAUAAACAAUUACUUUGGCUCCAAGGUUCGCUCACGUCGCACAGGCAUUAUUCUUAACGAUGAAAUGGACGACUUUUCAACUCCUGGUAUCGUAAAUGGUUUUGGUAUACCUGCUUCUCCAGCUAACUACAUACAUCCAGGAAAACGACCUCUCUCUUCCAUGUGCCCAGGAAUUGUACUUGAUCAAGAUGGGAAUGUGCGAAUGUUAGUUGGAGCGGCUGGUGGUAGCAAGAUCACCACUUCAGUUGCCACGGGAAUCAUCAAAUAUCUCAUUUUAAAUCAAACUUUAACUGAAGCAAUCGACGGAGGAAGACUACAUCAUCAAUUAGCUCCAAUGCAAAUUGACAUCGAGCCUCAAGUAGCUCCAUCAAUACGUCAGUACCUAAUUAAGGUGGGUCACAUAUUAAACGAUUUACCAGAAGGCACUGGAUUUGCUGCACUAACUGCGAUUGGAGUGCGUGACAAUGUUCCGGAACCAUUUUUCGAUCGGCGACGAGUGGGGAGUAUAUCCACCAUAUCUCUUAAAAACAAAAUGAUGCAUUAAAUGAUGUUUAGACCACAUCAAGAAUGCAAUUAUGAGUGCCAUUUCUAAUAAAAAGUAUUUGAAACAGACGUAUGUAUAUAAUUUGUAUGUUUAAGAAACCUCUGUAAGAAAUAUUGUAUUCUCUAUGCAUACAUUAUGUAUGUACAUGUGUUUGUACAUAUAUACGAAAAUACGCUACGAAUAUAUUUACUCGUAUUUAAUUGUGAUAUAUAAGUGAUAAACACCAUCGUUUAGCAUUGGAUAAAUAAAUAGUAAAAAUGUGAUUACCAA